ACCGUGGUCGUGCCGAGUUGGUAGGCUGUUGUAUUUUCGUGGUUCAUGAGCAUUGCAACACACGUGCCGAUGGAGGGCAGCAGCGACGACGGACGUGCGAAGUUGACGACGAUCGAGAAGACGGCCGUGGCGGCGGCCGUGAUGGCCGUGCUCUUUCAUUGUCAGCAGGCGAGGGCAUUGGGCAGAAUGGGAGCGCAGAUCAAGUCUCAGUCAAAGGGCUGGAUACCGUGGCCAUCACCGAGGCUGCAGUUCAGGUUUGUUACAUCAUGGGUUGCAGUGUUCUUCCACGAGCGACGUCGACUCGUCGAGGUGGUGGAUGAAAAGGAAGACGGGGGGGGGCGUGGGAGGAUCUCAAGCAAUGCGAUGAUGCGAUGGAGGAGUACUCCUGGGAGAAGCUGCGCCAAUCACAAACUUGUUGGGCUCAUGGCAUUCUCAGGAGAUGUGGAUGUGGAGAUGCUACAGCAAGAUUAUGACCUCGAACCAUUUGAUAAUCUUGUUCAGGAGAUACCCCUUCCAGAGAAAUCAGAGGAGACAGACGAAGCCAAAAAACGCCUUGAGCGAGAACCCUCCAAGUCAUUUCUGGCAUUGUCGCCGCUACGACUGAUAGACAAGGAUACUGAAACUGGAGGUAAAUCUGGGGCUGACGCAUCCAGGAGGACAUCGAGUGUCAUUAACGUACCCUUUUUGCCCAACCUUGCGGGAGUCGUUAAGCCCCCAAAUGUGCUGGAAGGGGGGGCACCUGCGCCCCCAAACAUGGAAACAAGCCUAGGCAAUAUCGGGAGCAUAGGCGUUCCACGCAUUCCAGCUGGGGGAGCAGGAGAAGGAGAAGGAGAAGGAGAAGGAGAAGACGGACGCAAAGUGAGCGUUCUUCCGUCUGCAGCAGGUGGAGCAACAGCAGGAGGAGAUGGCAGCACAGCUGCUCGCCCACUUGAUGAUAACAAGGAGGACAGUAGUAAUCUCAAAACAGAUGAUGCAAAUGCAGAUAUAGAGGAAAUGGACCUCUUCUUAGAAGAUCUACCGUUGGAAGAUACAAGGGCACCAUCCUUGCCUACCACCAGGGCAAAUGUCUUCUGCAUGACUUUAUGUUGUAUCGACGAUGCAUGGGCAUCCAGAUCCAUUGACUUUUUUGCACCAGCCUUCCUGAGGGAUGACCUGCUGAGCAAGGUUAGCCGGGGACAUAUGAGCAGGUCUUUCCUGGAUGGAUCUGACUGAAUUUGUGGUCAGAUUCACUUGAAGAAAGUCCUGUGUCUUGAGUGUCACUAUACUGAACAAGAAGAGUAUAAAUGAAAGGAGUGAAAUAAAGAGCAGAUUCUGGA